AUGCGGGUCAGUCGCAUUUCCCCCGUAAUCGCCCUUCUUCUCGUCGCUGUUGGGUCAACUGCUGUCGACAGCCCUGCCGACAGCCUGUCGGAUAGCAGUUUGCAGCAUGGCAAGACGCGACCUGGAGUCGCCGCGGAUGUGAGGCCCAAAGCCUCUCCGAAAGGGACGCUGGACGCCCCGGUUGAUGGAAAAGAUGGCAAACCUCAUGACGGGCCGUGGGUUGAAACGAGCGCAGACCGAGAUCGAAAGAAAGAUAAGAUAGAUGGCAGGCAGAGCGUAACGGCACAAAACACGGCGUUGGAUAUUGGUGAACAGUUGAGCCCCGAUGGACAUCAUAUCCCGCAUUCUAAUGAGGGGGUGAUGGAUGAUCCUGAUAGAAUAGGUCCGAAAGAAGGCACCAGGGGCACAGAGGGUGGCAUGACUGAGAAGAGCAAGGAUAGCAAACUGCUUAAGGAAAAGAUUCCUGAAACUCCCAAAGAGGCACGUCCUCUACCUCAUAGUGAACAAGAAAAAAUUCCUGGCCAAACCACCGUUGAAACCACGGAUUCGAAGGCCAGCCAAAAACUACUCGAGAAACCUGACGACCUCCCCGACAGACCUCAUUCUAUUCCUCCACCGAAAUCUCCUGCAGGAGUUCAUGAUGAUCCUCUCGACUUUGAGCCGCGACCACCUGGGAGAAAGCCCUUCGGCAAGGGCGGUACUCAUUCUACAACCCCAGCAGCCGCAGCGACAACGGACGAGAAUGUCUUUAGUCCGAUCCAUUCUCUUGUUAUAUCACUCACGAUGAUUCUAUUUUCUGAAGUCGGCGACAAAACUUUUCUUGUUGCCGCUCUUAUGGCAAUGCGGCAUCCGCGCUUGGUCGUCUUCACCGCAGCCUUUUCCGCCUUAAUUGCGAUGACCGUCCUAUCAGCCAUUCUAGGACAUGCCGUUCCUACACUUAUACCUGCCUUCAUUACAAAAUUCGCCGCCGCUUUUCUUUUCCUCGCCUUUGCUGCAAAAAUGUUCAAGGAAGGACACGCCAUGUCGCCAGACGAGGGCGUUGGGGAGGAGAUGAAAGAGGUUGAGAUGGAGCUAGAAGAAAAAGAGCAUGAACAACGACGCAUGAGUCGCAACCAAUCAAUCACCCCAUACGCAUUGGAAUCUGGCCGUGGUGGUCGCACGCGGUCAACGAACCGCCUCCCAUCACCCCCAGAAAGCAUUUCGUCGGCAUCGUCACGAGAUAUUUCCCCAGAGCGUAGUUUCACAUUGAAAACGAUAACCGCUGGGGCCAACAAUCUCUUUUCGCUAUUGCUCAGCCCAGCGUGGGUUCAGACUUUUGCUAUGACUUUCUUGGGAGAAUGGGGCGAUCGCAGUCAGAUUGCGACCAUCGCCAUGGCUGCUGGACAGGAUUAUUGGUGGGUUACAAUUGGAGCAGUUGUUGGACAUGGUAUUUGUACUGCAGCCGCUGUCAUCGGUGGUCGUGCAGUCGCUGGGCGAGUUAGUCUUCGAGCCGUCACCUUGGGCGGGGCAUUUGCAUUCCUUAUUUUUGGGAUUAUUUACCUGAUUGAAGCAAUAUACUAA